AUGUUCAGCCCCAAGCUUAUAUACUGGCUCUACAGGGGCACAUUCUUCAUACUGAUUGUAUUUUGUGUGGGCUUUUCCUCUGUAAUGCCCAUUGAUGCCAUCGUGAGGGCAACAGGAUCAGAAAAUAAUGCUUUAAACACGUUUAUUGUCAUUGGUGCUCUGGUGGUUUUUGCACUUGUUUGUGUUAUAUUAAUGGCAGGAAGGAUACUAUUCCAUAAUAGUUGUCUAAUUGAUGUCCCCAGACGAUAUUUACCUAUAACAUCGGCAGACCUACCCCAUGAGCCCAGCAGGAAACUAAUUUUAAAUAACAUGGAAAGAUCCAAGGAAUUGAGUAUAUUGUUUAAAAAACCAAAGCAUCAUAUUAUACAUCCUGGAUUAGAGCCCCCUGUAAGUUGUGAUAUUCCAGGCGUUGACAAGCUCUUCCCUGAAUAUCUUAACUACGGUAAUUGUAUAAAGUUUAUUACAAGUCGAUUGAAAUAUAACGGGGUAUUCCUUGCCAUCUCAGGUUUGCCAUUUGAUUUGGAGGACACAUUUAGUGAUAUUCUUUACAAACAUUUUAUAGAGAACAAUUUGAAUAAAACACAAGUAGUCAAGGCAAAAAGAUUUAUUGAAAUUUACGAACAAUAUAGAUUUGGUAGGGGAGAAAUCACUAGAAAAGAAUUUAUUGAGUUUGUUGAACAUUGUAUCUAUUUCUCAGACUUAAUUAUGAACUCUGAAUCGUACACUACUAAUGCAAAUACUCGAAUGAAUUCUGCCCGUCGUGGUGACAACAUAGCCUCACAGAACGGUUAUACCGAUAGUACUGCAUCUUCGAAUAGUCGCAUGAGAGAAUAUCCUGAUCUUGACUAUGCUACUGAUGAAUCAAGCAGUAUCAAACCCUAUGACGGAUCCUCAGAAAGGGAUCUGCCUCUGAAACCGACGAUUUCAAAACCUUCAUCGUUCAUGGGAUUACCGCGUAAGCGUAUACGGACAGCUUCGAUUGCAAAACACUUGGCUCCAUCUUCAACUUCUUCCGUUUCAUCAUCUUCUGUAUCUACAUCAUCGUCAUCCUCUGCACCAUUAGAUAAUACAUCUCAAUAG